UGUAAAAAAAAGACUUGGAAGAUAUAUAUCUGUCAAAAGGAGAAAGGCGCGGGAAGAGAGAAAGUUAGUUACGCGUGGUGGCAUUUUUCAUUGGAAAUGGAAAAGUGUGCGAAAUCGGAAGCAGCGGCCUCACUGCGUCGCUGUGCGAAAGCUGCAUUGCUUCUCCACAGCUUGAAUUCCACAAUCUCCCAAGAUCAGGAGAAGUGGAAGAGAGAAAUCCAUGACCUGAAAAGGGAAUUGCUGAAGGAGCGUUUCAUGAGGAAGAAGAUGAAGCUCUGCGCCUUCACGGAGUUGUUCGCUGAGCUCCUCUUGUUGCUCUCCGUUUGGACCUUCGUCCUCUUCUACUUUCUUUGAUCCGUUCCUCUGCUCUAUUAUACUUUCGCUUUAAUUAGCUCGUUGAUGACUUGAACGAAUCGUUAGUUGUAAAAUCACGCGUUUUCGUUUAUUCGUGAAUCGCAUUCACGGUGUUUGGACAUCACUGUAAGUGUAGGCUAUAUGUCAAUGUGGCUGUUUAAUGUUGCGUCAUGUCAUUGAAUUGAAUCAGGUUUUGAUUGAAAA